AUGUUAAGAACUAUCACUCUCAAAAGACUGUUCGUGCGGUCGUACUCAAUCGAACCUUCGUCUAAGGUAAUUUCAUCUUUGAAAAAUCCAGAUCUCUUCAAGACUAAAGGCUAUGUAAAUGGUGCAUGGAUCUCCGGAUCGAGCCAAUUCGAAGUCAAUAACCCAGCGUUGUACAACAGCGAAGGAGGCAAGAUUGCAGAAGUAGAUUCCUUUGAUGUAGAGCAUUAUGAGACCGCCGUAAAUGCUGCUAGUGAUGCUUUUAAAUCGUUCAAGUCAACUACUGGUAGAUACAGAUCAGAGAUCUUGCUCAACUUGUACAGAUUGAUGUUAGAAAAUAAAGAAGACUUGGCCAAAUUAAUUGUAUUGGAAAACGGUAAGCCUUAUAAUGAUGCCUUGGGAGAAGUUACAUACGCUGCUAGCUUCUUCCAAUGGUUCUCGGAGGAGGCUCCAAGAGUUCCAAGCGAUAUCAUCCAAUCGCUGAACCAAGGAAACAGAAUUUUAUCAAUUAGACAGCCAAUCGGUGUGUGUGGGAUCUUAACGCCAUGGAAUUUCCCAGCUGCAAUGAUCACUAGAAAGUUAGGUGCUGCUGUCUCUGUAGGCUGUACCACUGUCAUUAAGCCAGCUUCCGAGACUCCCUUGAGUGCUUUGGCGUUGGCACACUUGUCCGAAUUGGCUGGGUUCCCUAAGGGUGUAGUCAAUGUUUUACCUUCUCAUAAUUCAAGCAUUAUUGGGAAGUUUAUGUGUGAGCAUCCUAAGAUUAAGAAGAUAUCCUUCACUGGGUCAACUAAUGUAGGAAAGAUCUUGAUGACACAAUCUUCUUCUACGUUGAAGAAACUUUCAAUGGAAUUGGGUGGUAACGCUCCAUUUAUAGUGUUUGACGAUGCGGAUGUAGAUAAGGCAGUUGAUGGUGCCAUUACCUCGAAAUUCCGUAGCAGUGGACAAACUUGUGUGUGUGCCAAUAGAAUAUUCGUCCAUGAACUGAUCUACGAUGAAUUCCAAGCAAAGUUUGUUGCUAAAUUGGCAUCAACAGUUAAGAUUGGAUACGGUUUAACUGAGGGAAUCACUCAUGGACCAGUGAUCCACUCCAAAUCCAUGCAAAAGGUCAGACAACACAUUGAAGAUGCCACUUCGAAGGGUGCUAAAAUAUUAUUUGGUGGGUCUAAACUUCCAGACAUCGGGGAAAAUUUCCAUGAAUUGACCGUCUUGGGAGAUGUGACCACUGAUAUGCUCAUUUCAAAGGAAGAAACAUUUGGACCUGUUGCUCCAUUGAUUAAGUUCAGCUCAGAUGAAGAAGUUUUACAAAUGGCAAACGAUACAGACGUAGGAUUGGCAGGUUACUUCUAUUCUUCCAACGUUGCAAGGAUAUUUAGAGUCGCUGAAGAAUUGGAAGUUGGUAUGAUGGGUGUGAAUACUGGAGCAAUAUCCGAAGCUGCACUUCCGUUCGGUGGAGUCAAGGAAUCUGGAUUUGGUAGAGAAGGUUCCAAGUAUGGUGUGGAAGACUACACAGUAAUAAAAGGUAUUGUAAUGAAUGUUCAAUAG